GUGACAUUGUGGCGGCGCAGGACACCUCAGCGCCAAAGUGACUUACGGCGGCUGUGCGGACUCGGGCACGGAGAGGGCAGGUGAAGGAAGGGGCAGGGGUCGGCCGGUGAGAUGCGCCCCGGCUGCUGGUUUUACGCGGAGAGGAGCGCGGCGCACGGGUCUGCUCUCUGAGAGGUUACCAAACAGGCUGCGUGGGGCUCCCGUCUGCCCCGUGGGUCCGCGUUGGCUUCAAACUGGCACCAUGUGAGUGAAAGCCAGCCCGGUCACAUGAGGAGCGGACUGACCCAUAUUUUAUUAUUUUAUUUUUUUUACGCACGCGGACAGAGUUCGAAUGUGACGUGCCUUUUGAAGUAGGCCCGCUCCAACCUGUAUCUGCUCCACCUGGACUCACCACAAGGUGCCAAACUCCGAAGUUUUGAGGUGACUUUUCCUGCGCAUGAUGUACACAAUUACAAGAGGUCCCAGCAAACUGGUGACACAGCGACGGACAGGGCCCACUCAGCAGCUUGACAACAAAAUAAACGACUUCAAGCACAAGCAGACGUCCUGGAGUGUGCCUGACCUCCCAGCACCCAAGAUCGUUUUCAAUCGGCUCAACGGUAAGAAGUACCAUCAUCCCGCUCCGGCUCUCCCUGCAGGCAACCAUCAGGAAGAGAGCUUCACCGCCGCCCACGAGGAAAACGUCAAAUUUGUCCACGAGGCCUGGCAGGAGGUGGUGCAGCAGGAGCAGGGGCCAGAGGAGGCCCGGAGAGCCGUCCACUACGAAGAAACCACUCCCAGUCCACACAUGGACAACUUUGUGCCCAUAGAUCUGGAUGAAUGGUGGGCCCAGCGUUUCCUUGCCAAUAUAGACAAGCUAUCCUGACACUCCUCUGGGAUUUGCGGAUCUUGACGGACGGUCAGGAGGUGAGACCUGAAGCAGGAUGGCUCACAGAGGAGAGGAAGCCCUGGCAGGAAGUGUCAUGGGUCAAAAUGUGAUUCAAAUGGAUGGACAGUGCUGGGACGCUGACAUAGAAACCACAGACAAUCACAUCACUUGAACACAAUCCAUCCAUCCAUCUCUCGAUGUUCAGUCUACGACAGACUGGACACUGGAGGACGACACCUUGCAGUUGAGGUUCUCUCAUCUUACUACCCCUCACAAGAGAGAUGUCGCGUUAACUUUGAAAUGCAGUAAAAUUGUAUUUUCAAGAAGCUCUGUGUUUG